CAUUUUGCUCGUCAGUGUUUCAGCUAAGGUGUGAAUGUGCGGGACAGAUAGAUUUCUUCUCACACUCUUUGCAGUUUGAAAAAAUGGAUCGGGGCUCUUUCUCCCCGCGAACCCGAAAUACCCGACCCAAAUCCGAUAUCUACUCUACUUUCGUAAUCCAUAACGACGACGAUGACGACGGAGAAACCAACCGGCGGCGGAAAACCGCCAGCGCGGAAGCACAGGAAGAUCCAUACGCAACAAUGAAGUUCAAAGACAACGGCCACGAUGACAACGACGAUGAUGAAGAUGAAGAUUCCUUUCUCCCUCCGCUUCUCAAACGUCUUCCCAAGGACUUCGGCGGCGGAGCAUCGAUGGAUUACGACGAUGACGAAGAUGAAUCUGGUGAUUUCGGUACUAUGAUCGUGAAAAACGAUCGGAGCCGGCAGCGAGAUCGGUCUUCUUCCGGUGUGGCUUCACCGGCGGGAUUGACGUGGAAGACCGGGAAUUCUUCUCAGGUGACUGCUUUGAACGAUGAGGAUGAUGAUGACGGAGGUGGAUUUUCGACUUUUGUGAUGCGGUCGACGGUGAGGAAUAGCGAGAGAGAGUCUGUGAGUGGAACGAUGGUGCGAAGGACGAGCGGAAAUGAUGGCGGUGGUGGUUCGACGAUGGAGAGAGCGAUUGCGAGUAUGCAAGGUGUGGGAGAGUUUGGGAAGCAGAGGAAAGGAAGUGGAUCUUCACAGAAUGAAGCUAUAACAACGAAGGUUUCGACGAGUUCGAUUCCUGAUAGUGUUAUUAGAGAGGAUCCUACUACUAAGUAUGAAUUGCUCAAUGAACUUGGGAAGGGUUCAUAUGGUGCUGUUUAUAAAGCUAGGGAUUAUAGAACCUCUGAAAUGGUUGCUAUCAAAGUCAUAUCAUUAUCUGAAGGGGAGGAGGGAUAUGAGGAAAUUCGUGGUGAGAUUGAGAUGUUACAACAAUGUAAUCAUCCUAAUGUUGUACGUUAUCUCGGAAGCUAUCAAGGAGAAGAGUAUCUUUGGAUAGUGAUGGAAUACUGUGGUGGUGGUAGUGUUGCUGAUCUGAUGAACGUUACUGAUGAAGCACUGGAUGAGGGUCAAAUAGCAUAUAUCUGUAGAGAAGCACUGAAGGGGCUUGAUUAUUUACACUCAAUUUUUAAAGUCCAUAGAGACAUUAAAGGUGGGAAUAUCUUAUUAACUGAACAAGGAGAUGUCAAGCUAGGGGAUUUUGGUGUUGCUGCACAGCUUACAAGGACUAUGUCAAAGCGCAAUACGUUCAUUGGAACCCCUCAUUGGAUGGCUCCGGAAGUCAUUCAGGAAAGUCGCUAUGAUGGAAAGGUAGAUGUCUGGGCUCUUGGUGUGUCUGCAAUUGAAAUGGCUGAGGGUGUCCCUCCAAGAUCAUCAGUACAUCCGAUGAGGGUUUUAUUCAUGAUAUCCAUUGAACCAGCUCCAAUGCUUGAGGAUAAAGAAAAAUGGUCUCUGUAUUUCCAUGAUUUUGUUGCAAAGUGCCUGACCAAAGAACCUCGACUCCGCCCUGCUGCAUCUGAGAUGUUGAAGCACAAAUUUUUUGAAAAAUGGAAAGUUGGAUCUGCUGCAAUGUUUCCAAAAUUAGAAAAGGCAAGGCAAGUCAGGGCUUCAAUGGCUUUACAGGUGCAAACUCUUGCUCCAGCUGCUGCAGGAGAUCAGGAGCCAAUGAUAGCUUCCAUACUUAAUGACGAGUACGGAGAUACUGUUCCAUCCAGACCUCAGAACAUGGGCGUUGAGGAGGCAGCUUAUAUCUCAUCACAUGGAACUACGAGGAAGCUGCAAAGGGUGGAUGAGGUUGACAAUAGUGAAGGUAAUUUUGGCACUAUGAUAGUCCAUGGGGAUGAAUUUAAGACCACACAGGAUACAUAUUCUGCUAGUUAUAAAACGGCUUUCACCAGCAGCACAGGAGGCAGAUUAUCUGACCCUGGGGUUGGGAGUCUAAAAGUUGGCGACAUGAACACUGCCUCUUUUAGAGGAUCUGGUCCUACUGCAGAUACAAUACAACCGGCUUUACCAUCUGUUAGUAAUUCAACAGAGCAGAACCUUAAAACAAAAGGCACUUAUCGAGCACAAGCUGGAAUUGGUAGUGAUAUAGGAAAUAGUACACUUAAGAAUGAAACAGUCAACCGCAAAUUCGCUUUACAAGAUAAGCUUUGGUCCAUUUAUGCCGCUGGUAAUACAGUGCCCAUACCAUUCUUAAGGGCGACAGAUAUAUCGCCUAUUGCUCUCCUUUCAGACAAUGUGCUUGGCGGCAUGCAACAGGAUACAGGUGGAACUGGAACAGUAGAAGCAUUGCAAGAGCUUUUUGGUGGCGAUGGGCAGUCCAAGAAGGGUCGCAGAGGAAUAAAUGAGCAGAUGCCACUUCCUCCAAGCAUUUGCCAAAGAUUGACCUCAAGUUCUACUCUAAUGAAUUUGGCACAGGCUUUAGCUUAUCAUAAGAUGUGUUACGAAGAUAUGCCACUACAGGAGUUGCAAGCAACCCAGGAGCAGCGAACUAUUCAAAAUCUCUCUGACACGCUUAGAACCAUUCUUCGGUUGUAGAUUAUACCUCACUGCCUCUAUUUUAUAUAUCCCCAAGCCUUACGGGCUACAAAGAUAAGUUGACAUAACCAUUUUCCUUUAGCGUGCCCUUAUUAUACGAUGAUAUUUACAUAUCAGUGGCAGUGAAGCAAUAGUUGUUUUUGUUUUUGUUUUUUAGGUGUUUGAUUGUGACUAGUUAGUUUUGCUGGUUUGAUUACUCUGUUCAAGUCAAACGUCGUGUAAUGUAUGGGUUAGUCAGCUGUCACAUAUUUUUAUGUAAAUAUUUUGUAUCUAGGUCUUUUAUCAAAUGUUGUAAUGCAAUAUGUUGUAGUCUGGUGGAAUUUUUGGAGUAAUGCUAGAAAUUUGUCUACCCAUGUUAAAUAACACAAGAUGGAGAAAGUGCUUGUGAGUUGCAAGUUUCAUUCAAUGGUAAUGUACAGAUUCAUAUUUUAUUUUACAA